AUGACUCCAAGACGGCUCAACGUCCUCGUCUAUACGGGCACGGGGACUACGUCCGAAUCAGUCCGCCAGUGCAUGUACUCACUCCGCCGACUUCUCUCGCCAAACUACGCCGUCAUCCCCAUCUCAGAAUCAGUCCUUCUCAAGGAACCAUGGGCAUCUACUUGCGCGCUGCUCGUGAUACCCGGCGGCGCGGAUCUAGGCUACUGCAGAGUUCUCAACGGCGAAGGGAACCGCCACAUUAGUGACUUCGUUCGCCGAGGUGGCUCGUAUCUUGGCCUUUGUGCCGGCGGAUACUACGGAAGUAGCAAGUGCGAGUUUGAGGUAGGAAACAAGCCUCUCGAGGUUAUUGGGAGCAGAGAACUGGGCUUCUUCCCCGGGACUUGUCGUGGCGGCGCAUUCAAGGGUUUCGAGUAUCACAGUGAGAAAGGGGCUCGUGCUGCUGUCCUGAAGGUCACAAAGGGAGCGUUCAAGGACAGUAUCCCGGAAAAAUUUGCAUCCUAUUACAAUGGCGGUGGUGUUUUUGUGGACGUGGAUAAGGUGACUGGGCGCAAAGUAGAGGUUUUGGCUUCGUACGAUGAGGACUUGGAUGUGGAUGGAGGUGAUGGGAAAGCUGCCCUGGUGCUUUGUCACAUUGGAGAUGGCAAGGCUCUACUAUCUGGGCCGCAUCCCGAGUUUUCCCCUGCCAACCUGUCACCACAGCCGACGAUCCCAGGAUACGACAACCUCAUCGUCAAGCUGCAGGAAGAUGACGCCGCAAGGCUCGCUUUCCUAGGAGCAUGUCUUGAGAAGCUCGGCCUGGAAGUGAGUGCUGAAAACGAAUCACUGCCCACGCUUUCCAAUCUUCACCUGUCCGCCGUCGACAACUCCCAAGUCUCUGAAUUAUUGUGCUCCUGGAGCGACGUCAUUGACAAGGAGAACGGGGAGGAGUUUAUCACCGGCGAAGCGGAUAAAUUCCGCAUCCAAAGUGACGAAGAUGGUCUCACGCUGGAAGAUUUACAACGGUCCCUACCUGGCGCAGACGACCACCCUACAGGUGAGACGGGAAUUGUCGACUACGGUGCCAUUACGAAGAACAUCAUUGCCCACGAGCGGGCGCUGCCGACGAAGGAAAUGACUCCGCGGUUCAACCAUAAGCUUUACUAUUCUAGUCUCAGGAGAUUCCAGAGGAUAGAGGAUAGAGCAGAAGAUUGGGGGAACAUGUUGAUGUAUGGCGAUGUCAUUACCAGCACCAACUCUUUACUUGAAAAGAACCCUAAACUGAUAUCAAAACUCCCAACUGGCUUCACAUUCUCCGCUGCAACACAAGUUGCCGGCCGCGGGCGAGGAACCAACGUCUGGGUCGCGCCGCCAGGGGGUCUCAUGUUCUCAACCAUCAUAAACCACCCUGCUUACCUGGCUGCUUCUCGACCAGUAGUCUUCAUCCAGUACAUCGCCGCGAUAGCAAUUGUGGAAGCCAUUCAGUCCUACGACGUCGGCUACGAGAACCUCCCCAUCAAACUCAAAUGGCCAAACGACAUCUAUGCCCUCGAUCCCACGAAACCAGCAUCAUCAAAAACAUAUGUCAAAAUCGGUGGCAUUCUCUCACAAUGCGGGUACUGCGACGGCUCGUACCAAAUCGUUUUAGGUAUCGGCAUCAACGCCAUCAACCCUCGUCCCACGACGUCGAUUUCCGACCUCCUACCGCCAAAUGCGUCCCCUCUUCAUCUGGAAACGUUGUUGGCGAGAAUAGUAACACGACUAGAGUCACUUCAUGCACAGUUCCGCCGCGAAGGUUUCUCUGAAAACUUGGAGCGGAGAUACUACCGCCACUGGUUGCACACGGGUCAGGCAAUCUCUUUGGAAGCUGAGGGUGGUGUGAGGGCCAGGGUCCUGGGUAUCACGAGGGACUGGGGUAUGUUGAGGGUUGAGGAGACGGAUGCGGAGGGCAGGGGGACGGGUAAGAUGUGGACAUUGCAGAGUGAUGAGAAUAGCUUUGACUUUUGGAAGGGCUUGGUGAGGAGGAAGCAGUGA